AUGUCUGGUAUGGGAAGCAGUUUAUUUUCUGCUUUAUUCAUACCAACAAGUGUCUCUGUUGGUGUCAGUGGUGCUAUAAUGGGCUUGGUAGGAGGCACAUUAUCAGAUUUGAUAAUGCAUCCGAAUAAGUCGAUAUGGACUCUCAUUGGAGCUAUCAUAAUCCGCUCAGGUCUCGUAUUAAUCAUUUCACAAGCCAAUAAUUUUGGCAUCAUUGGAGGAUUAAUCACGGAGAUUCUUCUCGGAUAUGUAUUGCUGAUUAGUCGGAAACAUUCUCGUUUUGCUCCUUGUCAGCAGGCCCUCCGGGUCAAUUCUUCUGUGCUGCUUACUAUUAGAUUGAUGGGCGGGAUGGUCCUGUUCUUGAAAGGGGUGGCCAUGAGUGAUCACUGCUCAUGGUAUCACUACUUAAGAUGUGUCCCAAUAAAGAGGAAUUGUAAACCUAACCACGUUGAAAUUUGA